AUGUUAAAAGGAAUCUACGAGUCGUAUUCAAAGAACAGAUAUGUCGAGAUGGAAUCUCCAGUUCUUUUAGCCGCUGUAGUUCCUGGAUCAGAAGAUGAAUCAAGUGGUUCCGAAGAAGGUGGAGAUCCUUCAGCUGAUCCUAUGUUAGUACCUCAAGUGCCAGAUGCAAAAACUGGUCGAGUGAUAGAACGCGUUUUAGGUGAUCAUCGUCUAUGGAGAAUGGCUCCGUUCAAUUUUGAAAAAUAUCCUGGAAUGAGAAUGAAUGUACCUCCGGAGAGAAUGGCUUGGACUGCUGAAUAUCCAGAUUAUUUCGCAUAUGAUGCAUGUGAAGAGGUAUUGCUAUUCCCAUCGGAAGAUGCACAUGAUGGAGAGAAUUUCACGCAUGGGAACGUGAUAUUUACUUUUGAACAUAGUGAAAAUCUACGCAGUAUCAAUUUCAAUCAAUACGAUUCUAAGGCUAAACUACGCCGACAAAGUUUACUUGGCCGUUAUCGAUUGGAUUCAACGACUGGCGCACCACUUAAUCCAAUGGGUAGAACAGGAUUAUUGGGUAAAGGAUUGUUACCACGUUGGGGACCAAAUCAUUCAUUGGUGUUAUGUAUUACACGAUGGACUAGAGAUACACGGACUGGGGCACAAGUGAUUCGAAGUAAUCGUGGUGUAUUACAGUAUUUGGCGUUGGAAAGAAAUAAAAGGUUAUGCAUGCCAUGGUAUCUAACAGAUCAUACGAACCGGUGUGACUUCGAUGAAUGUGUACCGAAACUUAUCAGCACUUUGAUAACCAGACGAGCACGUGCUAUGCUUCCAGAAAGAAGAGUUGACAAAUUAUUGAAACGAAUUGAAAAGGCUGAAGUUACACAGAUUUUCAAAGGUUAUCUUGACGACCAGUUGAAUGCUGAUAGUGCAUGGAUGGAGACAGUUGUAAUCAAUUUGCAUGAAUCUGAGAGUAAAGGUGCUCAACUUCCAGACGAUAUACUUAAGUUACUCAAUGAACCUGGUACAGAGGAACAAGUUAAAUGGGUUGAAGUAUCGCAUAGCAGUAAUCUACGCACAAGUCAUAAUUAUAUACUGAAAAAUGUUGCAGAACUUCGAAGAGCCUUUUAUUAAAACUAAUUAACUAACUAACCAGCCAACUCACUCACUCAGAUGAAUAAAAUUUGUGAAGAACAAUGUUUCCUUAUCUACAUUUCUGCAUGUCACUGAAGUAAGAGACAGACAGUGCUGCAAUAUAUUUCCUUGGAUUAAUUGUAUAUUGGCCUAAAACUGAUAAUAAAAUAUAGACAAAUAUAGAUCGAACUGUACCAACAAAAUAAAGAAUAACACAACACACACACACCAGUACUUGUGAUUCUUCCUUUCUCUAAUCACUUUACAAUUUUUGAUCAGAAAAUGGGCAGUUAGCUGGUUAGUUAGUUGAUUAGUUACAUCGACGACAGUAACGACGACGACUUUUGUUAUCGUUGCUGUUGUGCGCUGUUUCGUGUUUCUUCCUUCCUUUCUUUCUUUCUUUCAACUUGUGUGUAUUCAAACCAAAUUCUCUUCACGUUAUUGUCCUUCCUCUUUUUCUUCUUAUUAUAAUUAUUAUGUCUCACAUUGAAGCGCUACAAUGAAAUUGAUCAUUGAAUAGAAAUGAGACAAUGAAUCCUCUAAAGCGAAAAAAUAUAUAUCAAACAUCGAAACUUAGGAAUUUCAAAUGUAACCAAGAAAGCAAAGACACUAUUUCAAUGUACCAGAAUACUGUAGAGAUAAAAAAGAAAAUCCACAAGAAUAUACAAGAGUCAAGUCUUACGGAAUACUUCAGAAUUAUUCAUAUUACUACUACUACUACUAUUAUUAUUAUUACUACUAUCACUAUUAUGCAAUAAAGAAUUUCAAUGAG